GCCCAGUCAUUUUGCUCUCUGAAGUUGCUGCGCUCUGCGUCUGAGGAAUCCGGAAGUCGGGCAAACUCUCCUACACUUCGUCCUGAAUUCGAUUUUCUUUUUACAAAAAUCCGCCAUGGGAGACGGCCAUUCCCAGCUUCAAUUCCACAGUAUCCCGUCGCUCAGGACCUCCGAUUUUGCGCUCAUGGAAGAAUACACAUGGCCAAUGGAGAAGAAUUCGCGGUUGUAUCGACAGAGAUGGAGCAGGGACAGCGGCGUUGGUGGUGGAGUUUUCGCCAAUUUCGCGUCCGUUUCGGUGUCGGAGAGGAGAAUCCGAAAGGGAUUUAAUCCUAACGGAGGUUUCGCGGCGGUGACGGUGGCGGAGAAGGCGGAGAGGAAGGAGGCGGAGGAGGAGGAGGAUUCCGCACCUUCUCCGGCGCAGCUGUUGAAGCAUCCACUCGCGCUGUUGUCGUAUGUUCCGAAGGACGCGGCGAUAUUUGCUGCCGGAGCGAUCGCCGGAGCCGCCGCGAAGACCGUGACGGCUCCUCUUGACCGCAUCAAGCUCCUUAUGCAGACCCAUGGAGUUCGAGCUGGGCAACAAACUGCUAAGAAGGCUAUUGGUUUCAUAGAGGCAAUUUCUCUGAUCGCAAAAGAGGAAGGGGUUAAAGGGUAUUGGAAAGGCAACAUGCCUCAGGUGAUAAGGAUCAUACCCUAUAGUGCCGUCCAGUUGUUUGCAUAUGAAACUUACAAGAGAUUAUUCAGGGGAAAGGAUGGUGAACUUUCUGUUAUUGGAAGGCUUGCCGCAGGUGCUUGUGCUGGCAUGACAUCCACUUUUAUUACAUACCCUUUGGAUGUCCUGAGAUUACGGUUAGCUGUUGAGCCAGGGUAUCGAACCAUGUCCCAGGUUGCGAUGGCCAUGCUGCGAGAGGAAGGACUUGCAUCCUUUUACUAUGGUCUUGGGCCUUCGCUUUUGGGUAUAGCGCCUUAUAUCGCUGUCAACUUCUGCGUUUUCGACUUGGUAAAGAAGUCUUUGCCAGAGAAGUAUCAGCAAAAGACACAAUCGUCUCUGUUAACGGCAAUAAUCUCGGCUGCUGUUGCCACCGUUACGUGCUACCCAUUGGAUACUGUUAGAAGACAAAUGCAAAUAAGGGGCACGCCAUACAAGUCAGUGUUAGAAGCGUUCCCAGGAAUCAUAGAGCGUGAUGGUGUUAUUGGAUUGUAUAGGGGUUUUGUGCCCAAUGCGCUGAAAAACAUGCCGAAUAGCAGUAUAAGGCUUACCACAUUCGACCUUGUGAAAAAGCUCGUUGCGGCAAGUGAGAUAGAGUUUCAGAGGAUCAUGGAGGAAAACCGCAAGAAAGCUUCCCCUACCACUGCUGAUGAUCAGACCUGAAGAAAUCCUUUUCAUCGUUGACUCAAAAUUCCGAGAAGACGAACAUUGUUCCUGAAUCCAUGUCUAAGUUAUCGUUUCCGGCUGUAAUAAUGCGUAAAAGAGUCGAGUUUCCCAAGAGGUUGGCCACAUUUCGGGGCGUUCCGGCUCUUUCUUGUACUCAAAGUGUAUCUUGGUUUGAUUAUACAAUAAAACUGCAUUCUCUUCUAUC